AUGAAAAAGCGCAAAAAGCACAAUGGUCGUGAUCAAAAGCUGCAUACAUGUCUUGCCAAGGACACUCUCAACAAUUUCGUAUGUAUUGCCAAUGAGAUGGGUGACGAGCAGCUUGUCAAGAGAAUCACCGAAUCGAGAAAUGAAGUGAUCCUGUACCAUAAAAUAUGUAGAUUACAAUUCACCAAUGCACAGCAGUCACAAAAGACAUCGAACGCAGAGAAGACUGAAUGGCAUCUAACUCGAGAUAUAUACAAAUUAGCCUUUGAAGAAGUGUGCAGCUUUGUUUCAAAAAACAUUAUAAAAAAUCAUGACUUCUUAAACUCACUCUUUGCCGGUUGCGUCGCUAAUCAUGAUCCUAGUAAAUCAUCACACGUAGAGCCAUAUAAUUUUGAGAGCAAAUUAUUGAAUACAUUCCCCAAAAAAAUAAACGUAGUCACAAUGAAUGGGAAAUACGGGCACUGUUGCAGCUAUAGAGUCUUGGAGGAAUUGGAAACAGAAGCAACAUUUGCCGCUGCUCGUCGUUCGGUACUUUGCCCUGAAGAUAUAAUUCCAUCGAAAAAUUUGUGCACGGGAUUGGCAUUUGAUAACUUUGAUCGCUUUAUGGACACGGCAACAGGAAAUGAUACAUUGCAUGAUACCGUGGGAAUAAUAUUUCAAAAUAUCGUCAAUUCUCCAGCGAGUCCUAGACUUAUUGCAGAAAAUGAACCAUCAACAAGAAAAGACUUCGAACUCUUGAUGAGAUUACAUUUGAGCUGCAGUCUUAUAACAAAAGACCAAAAAUACGUGCAAAGUCCAUUACGAUUAACUAAUAAUAAUAUUAAAGAAUUUCAAUUCCUCGAUCUAGCUUGGUCGGCAUCUCAUUAUCUAAAACUACCCAAUAUGCCUAACUGGGUUAUAAAUAAUAGUAUGAUUUAUCGAGACAACAGCGUCAAGCUCAAAAGAUAUCUGAAGAAUGUAUUGAAGAUUAUAUAG